AUGACUACUCGAUUCUACAAAAAUGGUGGCCCUAUUGAUCACCUUGCAAGUAUCGAUCUGAGCGCUGUGAAAAACGGUUAUCAUUUCCGGGGAUCAAUAUAUGUUAAAUGCAACACUUCCUCCUGGGACGAUCAGGUCGCCAUGUUCGAAACUGCCAUUGCCAAAUCUCCAACGCAUAAAAUCGAUAUUGUGAUCGCAAAUGCCGGUGUCUACGGUCCUGAUAUCCUCGAUGGAAUUGAGAACGAUAAGCCCACGAAGCCCAAUGUGGGACUAUUUGACGUCAACCUUUUUGGAGUCAUUUACACAACAAAUCUUGCCGCCUUCUAUUUCCACAAACAGGAGGGAGCCCCGUCCGAAAAGUGUCUUAUAUUACUUAGCAGUAUCAUGGGUUACAUUGAUUCGGAAGGCGCAGCACUGUUCACCCCAACACCUGGAAUGCACCCAACUUUCCGAGAUGCGGUCCUCGCGAAGUUUGAGGCUCACAGGCUGGUAUUCGGUCAUAUAGAGGAUGCAGCAACUGCUGCGAUGUGUAUUGCAACUCAGCCAUCUAUCAACGGUCGAUCAAUUGCUAUUGUCCCCAGGGAGAUAAGCACAUCUGGGUACCUUGAUCUCAAUUUGGAUGAUUUUGAGGAUACAUCAGUGUGUGGCAAGCGGCAGAAGGCGGCCAGCAGUGUUGAUUACCCGGGCGUCAACAAGUAUUGA